AUGAAUUUCUAUGAGGGCUUGACUCUAAAAGCUCAAGAAGCCUUAGAUUAUUCUGCUGGAGGUUUAGUACAGCUAAUGAAGACAGCUGAAGAAGCUCCGAGCCUCAUAGACACUGUGGCCAAUAAUCAAUACUUCUAUGCUCAUCAAAGACAACGCCAACCUGCUCCAAAAAGAGGUGUCCUAGAGCUUGAAGGUGUUGACACCAUCUUAGCACAAAACAAGGUGAUGCACCAACAAAUUCAGAAACAAAUGGAGAUGAUGGCAAAGAGGAUAGAUAGCCUUCAACUAGCAGUAGUAAGCACAAAAAGUCAACCAUCAUCUGUGUGGGGACAACAAGAAGAGGGCUAUGAAGAGAGUGGAAGGACAUUAGAAGGUGAAAAAGUUGACAGUAAAAAAGAGGUAGCAACUGAAGAUAAAGAUCAAGAGGAGUCUAAGGAGGAAGAGUCUCAAGUCUCAAAGAAAGGGAAGCAAGUCAUAGAGGAGCAACCACAAUUGCAGAAGAAUGAGGUGAAACCUUACACUCCUCCUCUACCAUACCCCCAAAGGUUGCAAAAAGAGCUUAAAGAUCAACAAUUUUCCAAGUUCCUAGAAGUUUUCAAGAAGCUGGAAAUCAAUAUCCCCCUUGCUGAAGCAUUGGAGCAGAGGCCUCUAUAUGCAAAAUUCCUUAAAGAACUCAUUAACAAGAAGAGAAGCUGGAAUGAAAAGGAGACAGUGAUCUUAACACAAGAAUGCAGUGCAGUGAUUCAAAAGGGUCUCCCACCAAAACUCAAAGACCCUGGAAGCUUCAUCAUAUCAUGCACCAUAGACAACAUGACACUAGAAAAAGCUCUCUAUGAUUUAAGUGCCAGCAUCAACUUGAUGCCUCUCUCAUUGAUGAAAAAGCUUGCAAUAGAGGAAGUUAAACCAACAAGGAUGUCACUUCAAAUGGCAGACAGAUCACUCAAGAUACCUAAUGGAGUUGUAGAAAACUUAUUGGUGAAGAUUGGAGAAUUCAUUUUUCCUGCUGAUUUUGUCAUCUUAUACAUGGAAGAAGAGGGACACAAAUCGAUUAUCCUGGGGUGA